GUUCAAUUUAGUUCACUUCGCAGAGCCGCAAACAGCAGAUCAAGUUUGAUUGCUGAGUGCAAAAUUAUAAUAAUGAGGGAAUAUAUAGUACUUUUCGCUUUUUUGGUGAUUCUAAAAACGAGUUUGUGUUCCAAUGAAAGACUGGAAAACAUUGUCAAUGGAUAUGGUCAGCUGAUUGAAGCAAAGGAACAGGAACUGAUAUUGCUGGAGUUGCACAUCAGCGACUUGCAAAAGAAGCUGGAUGAACUUAAAACAAAUAGUGUGAAUAUCUUGGAUUUGGACCAACUAAGAAGGAAUCUGAUGGAAAAAGAGGAACAACUCAUGGUCUGUGAGAGCAACUCCAAGACUCAGAGCGCUCCAGGAUUCUGGAACACAGUGAAGGAAAUCAUAAAGCCAAAACUGGAGGAAAAACUAAAGUUCUUGAGUGCAAACAAUGUGGAAGCCAACGCGCAAACUAUGAGCAAACAAGAGGAAGCCAAUGAAAGCAGCACCUGGGAUUGGAAAGAUAUUCCUCGCCAGAUAGUCCUUUAUUAUUCGGGCAACUGAUUCGUAUUCAAAUAAAAGAUCAUACUCAUAUGGUACUCAUAUUAAUGCAUUUUAUUUAAUUGAUCCCACAUUAUAUUUAGGUAUUGGAAUACCUACCAGUUGACGAAUUGACCGAUUUCCCUUACGAUGGCUUAUCUAAUGCUGAUGUCCGGCUGGUUUAUGGACCGAAUCGCAUCAUCGUAAACGUUAUUUCCAGAUUUCCCGACCAGCAGCAAUCAAAACAAAGCCAUCCGUGAGCCAAACGAGAAGUUGCCCAUAUAUUGUCUAUAGAUUCUAUGCAAUUAGAGACAGCGCCCUGGUAGAUAAAAAAAAAGGGAGGAGGAGGAAAAGUCCCAAAGAUGCGCUCGAACUGUAACAAAUAUAAAUAACAAAGAAAAAGCGUAUUUUGUUAGGUUUUUUUCAGUUUUUUAUGGCCAACCCAUAAAAACCACACACAUAACGCGGCGAGCAGCGCCCCUGGAUUCAAUCGAGAUGAUACCAUCACAUCCAGCUCCAGCCAGGGGGACACUUGGCGACCCUGACGACGUGUGGUCCAGUCCAAGUGAGGAAUUGGAGCUGGACAGGGGAAAUGGAAAUGGGAAUGGGCAUACGAAUCCGAAUUGGAUGGAGUCAAGCCCCGGCUCCGAAUUAUGAAACACUUUCCGCAUUUGGGAGGGAGAGGAAAAAGUCGUGCAAUAAAUAAAACACUUCAAAAGUGCACUUAAGAUAACAACGAAAAAGCCAAGAGGCUGGGGAAA